CCUGCUCGACCUUUGAAAUGGGAGGCAGAGAAUCUGGUUCUUGUAGGGGUCCCCGUCGGGAAGACUUGCAGAGGUGGUAGCAAUGCUCUCGAGCACCCAGGUGGCGGCAGCGGAAGGUGACCAAGCGGACCUGCGGUGCCGUGUGGCGGUGGAGGAGCUGAGCCCAGGAGGGCAGCCACGGAAACGCCAGACCUUACGCACUGCGGAGCUGAGUCUGGGUCGAAACGAGCGCCGUGAGUUGAUGCUGCGGCUGCAGGCUCCGGGACCAGCCGGGCAGCCGCGCUGCUUCCCCCUGCGCGCCGCGCGUCUCUUCACACGGUUCGCCGCGUCGGGGCGCAGUACGUUGAGGCUCCCAGCAGACGCCGUUCCCCGGGCGGGCGCCGUGCAGCUGCUGCUCUCCGACUGCCCCCCAGACCGCCUGCGGCGUUUCUUGCGCAUGCUGCGUCUGAAGCUGGCUGCGGACCCAGGUCCCGGGCCUGCCUCCGCCCGCGCGAAGCUGCUCAACCCUCGCCCCCGCGACUUCGUCACCAUCAGCCCAGUGCAGCCGGAGGAGCUGCGGCGUGUGGCAGCAACCCGGAUUCUGGACACCACGCUGGCCAAGCAGCCGAUGGAACCCGGGACUGGAGCCAAGCCCAGCAUGGAAGCCCCAAGGUGGCCUUUGCCUGUGAAGAAGCUGAGCUUGCUCCCCACCAAGACACAGCUUUCUGAGGAACAGGCUGCAGUGCUGAAGGUUGUCCUAAAAGGCCAGAGCAUUUUCUUCACUGGGAGCGCAGGGACUGGGAAGUCAUAUCUGCUGAAGCGGAUCCUGGGCUCACUGCCCCCCACAGGCACAGUGGCCACUGCUAGCACUGGGGUGGCAGCCUGCCACAUUGGGGGCACUACCCUCCAUGCUUUUGCAGGCAUCGGCUCAGGCAAGGCUCCCCUGGCCCAGUGUGUGGCUCUGGCACAGCGGCCGGGCGUGCGGCAGGCCUGGCUGAACUGCCAGAGGCUGAUCAUUGACGAGAUCUCCAUGGUGGAGGCAGACUUGUUUGAUAAGCUGGAGGCUGUGGCCAGAGCUGUCCGCCAGCAGAACAAGCCCUUUGGAGGGAUCCAGCUCAUUAUCUGUGGGGACUUCCUGCAGUUGCCACCAGUGACCAAGGGCUCCCAACUCCCUCAGUUCUGCUUCCAGGCCAAGAGCUGGAAGAGAUGUGUGCCAGUGACCCUGGAGCUGACUGAAGUGUGGAGGCAGGCGGACAAGACCUUCAUCUCUCUGUUGCAGGCUGUGAGGCUGGGCAGGUGCUCUGAUGAGGUGACCCGCCAGCUCAGGGCCACAGCUGCCCACAAGAUAGGGCGAGACGGAAUUGUGGCCACAAGGCUCUGCACCCACCAGGAUGACGUGGCCCUCACCAAUGAGAAACGGCUGCAGGAGCUGCCAGGUGAGGUACAUAGCUUUGAGGCUAUGGAUAGCAACCCUGAGUUAGCCAGGACCCUGGAUGCCCAGUGUCCUGUUGGUCGGCUCCUUCAGCUAAAGCUGGGGGCCCAGGUGAUGCUGGUGAAGAAUUUAGCUGUGUCCAGGGGCCUGGUGAACGGCGCCCGAGGUGUAGUAGUCGGGUUCGAGACUGAAGGGAGAGGGCUGCCCCGAGUGCGCUUCCUGUGUGGAGUCACUGAGGUCAUCCAUGCUGACCGUUGGACAGUUCAGGCCACUGGGGGCCAGCUCCUCAGUCGCCAGCAGCUGCCCCUCCAGCUGGCCUGGGCGAUAUCCAUCCACAAGAGCCAGGGCAUGUCUCUAGAUUGUGUGGAGAUCUCUCUGGGACGUGUGUUUGCCAGCGGUCAAGCCUAUGUGGCCCUUUCCCGGGCCCGCAGCCUACAGGGCCUGCGUGUACUAGACUUUGACCCCAUGGUGGUUCACUGUGACCCCCGUGUGCUGCACUACUAUGCCACCCUGCGGCGGAGCAGAGACCUCCAUCUGGAGUCUCCAAAUGAUGAAGAUGCAGCCUCGGACCAGGAGAACAUGGACCCAAACCUCUGAGCCUCUGCU